UGUGGAAAUAAUAGCUUGUUUCCCAGCAUUCUACAUUAUGCAGCCAAUUUAUUCCGACUAGCUGUGAUGUGACAAAACUACACUGUUCCUGUAAAAAUAAUUUUAUUAAGCCAUUCUAGUUAGGUCUAUACAUAUACAGUAUAUUGUUUGGGCUAACAAUAUUACUAAUUUCUUAUAUUACAGAAUAUAGAUUUCAGUUAUUUAUUUAAAAUGGAUAACUUAAAACAUAGCCCAGCAUAGAUGGGAUCUUCUCCAAUACUUUUUAAAAAGCAUCUCAAGGUAAAAUCUCAAGGUUGAUAAAAUGUCAAGAGAACUUUUCUGAAUAAGCGAUCUUGUGUUUUUUUUUGUGUGAGACGAGUGUAGUGGUCUGUUAAGCCUUUUUUGGGAGGAUGUUUGCUUUUUAGACUUUGAAAAGUGAUGGUGGUGGUCUAAUUCAGCUGCUAAAUCUAGUGGAAAUUGACAAAAUGGCUGAAAUUCCUUAUAACAUAUUUAAGAAGAACUCCGCAGACAGCUGACAUGCUGCAAUAUGUUACAUACUACAGAAAUGAAAUGGAAAACCUGUGUUGCUAUAUGGCAGAUCUGUGCCAGCACAAACUCAUCCCUUGUAAAAAAUGAAGUGCAUUUACAGUACAAAGUGGUCAAAUCAUGUAAUGGUAAAGUCAGGAGAGGCAUUUCCAUUUCAGUUUCGGGAAUGACAUAGCAAACCUUUCAUGUUGAAAAAUUGUCAAACCAGUUGGGAAAUAGAGACUUGGUAUAAAACUAUUUGGCUUAAAGCUGUGGUUAUCACUUAAAUAUGGACAGAUCUGCUUCCUGAAAGCCCAAGAUGGUUGUGUGAGGAAGAGUGGUUAAUGAUUUAUGCUUGAAUGCAUUAUUCAAUACUCUGGAUUGUAAGUGACAGCUAAUGCCGCUUACGCGCAGGGUGUACUGUAUAGCCUUUUAAGAGCGUGGUUUUCCCAUUAUAUCCUCUCAUCUUGUCCUGUUAAGAACCUAUGGGCAAAGUUUGGUUAAGUGUUACUUUUUUUGCAUUGUAAAGCAGAUACAUUUUUUAUAAAUGUUAAAAAUACAGGUAACCUAUUACCAUAGUAGGUAAAGAAAACUGGUUUGUGAAUGAGAAUAGAUAACAAACGGAUGAAUGGCCAUUGUCAUUGUCAUGCACUUUAAAAAUAGCACUUCCUAUUGAUGAUCUUUAGGAAUGUUAUUUUUUAUUGCCUUCGAGCCUUGUGGUCAAAGUUGAAGUGGGCGGGGAGUUAACUAUUUCUUCAUAAUUAGUUGCGAAGUAGCGUUACAAGUUACAACCGACAGCCUUAAACCUACGCUACAUCGGAACAGUAUGAUUAAAAACGUCAUUUUAUAAUGGCGAUAUUCAAUAGGUCACCCCCUCGCGUGGGUAUGUUAGGGGGAUUUUAAAGUCCACUCCAUGCAGCUCAACAGGGGCUUGUAGCUUGAAGCCACAAACCGAAAGUAAAAUGAUGCAUUACAAGACAAGGCGGCUGAAAGCAAGUUAAAUAAGAGACUGUGGCUUAUGGAGCUGAACUCUGAUGGUUAACAAGACAACGUAAUGAGCGGGAAAGCCUGGACAUUCACAUUGUUCACCACAGUUUCAUUUUUCACGAUUUACAUUCAUCAUGCCAAAUCUGAAUGUAUGCCUAACGAUCUGCCGUCACACUUGCAUGAGGAAUUGUUGGAAGAUCAUUUGUUUGAAAUGAAGGUAUUCCUUGACUCGAAGGAACAGCACAAAGUUCUUUCAGUAAUAAACACUCUGUGUUCAACAUGGAAUAAAAAUAUGAACAAAGAAAUGAAAAAAUUUAAAAUAAUUGAGACUUUUAAAAUAAUGUUAGAACAUUUAUUUAAUAAAACAAAAGAAAUUACAGGAUCACAGGAAUUACUACAAGAGUGUGGCAAAUACAACUGUACAGAUGCAGAUGGUUACCUUACAACAUCUAUUAACAUAACUGCAUUUGGAUCAAUGUAUUCGGAAUAUUGCAAUACAUCACUAUCAGGUUUAGAAUGUCCAUCAAAAAAGAGGACGACAUCUUCAACAUCUAACAGCCCAGCCCCCACCGCUUCUGAACGGACAACAAGCUCAAAACCAGAAAUCAGCCAAAACACCACUGCACAUGAGUUAACAAAUCACAUAGGCACGGCAUCUUCAAAUACAACUGACAGCCCCAUCUCCGAUGCUUCUGGAUGUAAGCAAACAAUCAAAUCUAUUCGGGAACACCUGGCAGACACGUCGAUUAAAGUGCUCCUUGCUGCAUCUUUACUGCUGAAUGUCCUUCUACUCUUUUGGCUGUGGUAUAGGAAGAAUGGAAACCGCCAGGCAAAUACAGAAACAGAGAUGAGGCUCAAAGAGACCAGAGAUUCUAAUUGAGGUGUUUUUAUGUAGUAUUUCGCUUUAGUUAUAAGUUAUAACUGUAUUGGAUGUUGUACCUCAGUGCUCACUGCAUUAUAGAUAAAAUAGAAUUUUUACAUACAUUUUAAAGUUUAUUUUUAAUUUUGUAACUAUUUAUAUUUCUCUGUUCCCACCCUUUCACGUUGACUGGCACGUAAAUAACAAUUUUAGUGAUUCUGUAUACAUUGCUUUUUUUCAUUGCAUAAUUUCUGUCGAUUGAUGUUUUAUUUUCAAACGUAGAUUUUCUGAAUCUUUGUGUUUUUGUACAAGUUGACAGAGUUUGGAAAAAAAUGUAUGGGGGUUGGUCACCUUCCUUUUACUUUAUGGCAGUCAAAUCAAUAAAGUGUAUCAAAUUAAAGUUCAAAAAAUGCUAUUAAAGCGGCUUAAAGUUCAAGAUGCUAUUUCAACAUUACUCAACUGUAAUAACUACCACAUAAGACCCUAUGCAUGGCACUGUGAUAUCAGUGAAUGUGUGAUUUGAAUAAUCAUUUACAUAGAUUUAUCAAAUUAACUUAAACAGUAAUAUCCACAGGGUCGAAUAUUCUUAUUCUUAUUAUACUGUUAUUGUCUUAAAUGUUCCUGUACAGAAGUGUUGUUUAUCUUAGAGCCGCGCUGGUUCCCUCGACCGAAAGCCUAUGCAUUUUUCCCAUAGACCUUUGGAAGAUCGCAAAAAAAGCUCUGUGAUUAACAAAUGUUCACGAUGUUUACACGUUUUGUCGUAUCAAGAUCAUAUUUACAGAUGAACACAAUAUUUCCAAUUUUGAAGCCUUGAUACAAUCGCCAGAAGUAAAAAGCUAAGACGACGAAAUAAACAGACUAGGUACACUAAUACCCCAGUUGAAAAAAAUAGCAUAUGCUGGCUUGGUAUGAUGCUGGUUUGUGCCGGUCAUGUGCUGGUUUAAGAUGGUGAAACCAGCAUCAAAACAUACCUAACCCAGCAUAUGCUGUUUUUUUCAACAGGGGUGGUCACUCGAUAUCAAUGUCAUCACAACCAAGCCUCCGACAAACUUUAUUACAAAUGUGUUUCCCGCGACGUAAUACUGCGUGAAUGAAUCUCCAGCGAUGUUUUUAGAGACUUGUGUCCCAGUUGCAUUAUUUGUGAGAUUUACAUGUGCGGUGACGUCUAACGUUCUAAUGUUCCUGCCAAAGGAUGUAGUUGCGUUUAGAACUUGUUAGCAACCUCCGUUUUAAAGACAAAAUAAAGGUUUUAGAAAAUCACAUGAAGGUUAUAACUGGUGUGUUUUAUGUCAUAGAUUAAAACGUGAAACUAUUUAGAGUUUUUGUUAACCAAAUACCUUAUUUCAGGCGAUUUACCAAAAACCCAUAGACUUUGGGACGAUGGAACCGGUGUUUUGUCGAAGUCUGUUCCCCCUAUGUUUCCUCAGCGUUGUUCCUCAUAGCGCCCGCUACGCAAACAGCGUGUAGAGGGUGGGCGCGUGCACGUUCCACUGGUGAUUUUCAAUUACCAUACACAUAACUAACCAUUUUACAAUGUAUUUAAAUUCAUCCUUAUUUAUUUAAACGUAUUUUAUAUUGCUUUUCAACAUUUUGCGUUGUUCUACAAAAUACAUUUUAAAACAAACUGAACAGACCAAAGAAUGGCUAGAAGUCAUACAAAACAGGAAAUGUGAAAAUAUAUAUAAUUCAUGGUAUGAGAAUAUCUGGUAUUUUCAACAAAUAAUUGAAAAUCACCAGUGGAACGUGCACGCGCCCGCCCCCUACACGCUGUUUGCGUAGCGGGCGCUAUGAGGAACAACUCUAAUAGGAGGAAACAUAGGGGGAACAGACUUCGACAACACCGGUACUCCAAAAAUGCUUACUCUGGGGUAUAACUGUUGUCUUAAAUUGUUGUCCCAGAGUUUCUUUCGAAAAGGAAAUAUUUUAGACUUUGUUGGAAUAAAUGUAAUAUAUACUGCCUUUUUCAGCAGUUUUUUAUUAUUAUCUUGGAAUAUGUUUAUAUUCUGAUGUAUGUGUAUGUUUAUGUGUGUACAAGUAUAAGGGAAGUGGAGAAUAUAUGCGCGAGUAUUCUGGGUAUCUCAGAAUGUCAUUUAUUUGAUGUGCUUAAAUGUUUAAAUACUUUGUGCAUUGUAACUGAAAUUACACUGUUGUGCUGCAAACUUGACUUAAUUAAAACAACAAGCCGUAUUAUAUAUACCACCAUAGACCAUGGCAUUAAACGAGUUCGAAAAAAAUACCAAGUUAUUUUCAGUCUUUGUCUUCAUUAUCAUGAUAUAAUUUGUUU